AUGGAACAAAAAAUUAAGUUCCCUUUUUUUAUUAAGAUAUUUACAAUUAUUGUUCUAAGGUGGAUAUAUCAUUAUUACAGCGAUGUGAUUUAUCUUGGAGAAUUGUUUUAUAAGAAAAAUUUUGAUAAAAAAUUAGAAAGAACAACUCAACGAACACUAGCAAAAUAUAAUCAGGAUAAAAUUACAUGUAAUAUAAUGUUAAAAGAGGAGAUACCAAAUAAUGAAAGACUCGAAGAAAAAGACAUAGUUAAUAAUGAAAAAGGGGGAACUGGAUGUAAGAACCAUUCUUAUGUAAGUUUAACAAAGAAUACUAAAGGUCAUAAACAAUCUAAAAAAAAUAAUUCUGGUAUGUUUGAAACCAAAAAAUAUUCCUGUUUCGAAAAAAAAAUAUUUAAAGAUCUUGAUUAUAUAGAUUAUCUUAAAAAUAAUAGAACAAUUAGUAAUAAGGUUUACAAAAAAAUAAUAUGUAAAAAGUACGGUUUAGGAAUUGCUAUACCUAUAGUAUUGGUUUUGUUUUUAUUAACAGUGUUCAUAGUAGAUCUAGCAUUGGGUUUGGUACCUGAAAGUAAAGGGGGAUUGUGGUAUGAAUUAGGGUUGUGGGAGCAUUUAAAAAAGUUGGUAGAUGGUAAUAGUGGAUGGUUGUAUACAUUUUUAAAAUCAGUGAGAUCUAAGUUGCCAACAGGUUUUACGAAUUGUGGGAAAUGGGCUUCCUCAGAAGCAUCAGGAGUUGGUAGUCAUACGUGUAGUGAGGCGUGUACGUUAAAUAAUUUAUUUGGUUAUGUAGUAUAUUUUAUACCUUUUAUUAUAUUAGGUCUCAUAUUUAUAAUAAAGGUUGUUUACUACCAUAAAAAAGUUAAGAAAUACCAAAAAAUUAAAUUAAGGAAAAAGUAA